CGAAAAAGGAGUGGAACCAGCCGGCGUGCUUAUAAGAGUUUUAGUUAUCACAUCUCUCCUGUGUCAUUCCACAUCAUCGUGAUGUCAAGUUUCACGCCAAACCAUGCCCUCCUGAACCCAAAGUUUGAGGGUUACAAAUUGGCGGUAAUCUCACAAGAAGACGCUGUGACGCGCUUCGGCCUUGAAUACAGACCCACACAAGUCGCUAAUUCUGGGCGGUCUCCACUAUCUUUCAAGGAGGUCCAGAGCAGGAUCACACAUAAUCAUCUGGCCAUGGCAAAUGACAGCGGCAGGUGUCUAUAUAUUGACUCGGAACAUCAUGUUAUCCUCGUCGACUUCAUGAAUGACAGUCACAUGCCAUCAUUUACUGUGGUUUAUGAACUUCCCGCUCCAAUCAGCGCUCCCGCAGCUGUACAGGUCCAUCGCGAGUAUCCAUCAGCAGUGUUUCUUGACGCAAGGACUGCAUUCGUCGCCGAUGGCCAAGGGGCUCUCUACAUCCUCGCACUUCCUGUAGAAGGAGCUGCUACUAACCUAGGCUGCUUUGAGCUCUCUAAUGUUACGCAAACUCUUCAUUCAGCUCCGGCUCCAUUUCGCAUCCACUCUGUCGCUAAGACAUCUGAUGGCGCAGCUAUAGCGCUUCUGUCUUCUCGCUUCUACGGAGGCCCCGAAGCCUCUCCAAUGCAAUCGACGACAAGUCACACUUCUGAAUUUGACGUCUGGGCUGCGAGAUUCUUGCUGCCUCUUCCAACCCAGAAGGGCGAUCUCGCUCCUCUUGACAUUCUUUGGAGGAGGCGGGGACAGGAUGUACCUAUAUUCAUGGAGUACGAUAACUCUCGAAAAUGUUAUCUUCUGGCUGGUAGCUCCGUCUAUCGCGAGCUCAACCAACCAGCCCCACUUUCAUACGAACCCUCGCCAGAUGAAAUGGCCCCUAUUCCGCGUCUGGAUGAAAAGUUAGAUGUGGAGACUCCCCCCAGACCCCCACCAUAUUCCUGGACACAGACAUCUGAUUCCGUGACAGUGGCCUUCCCCCUCCCAGCCACAACUCCAACAUCAAGCAUCAAGGUGACAUUUUCCCAAAAGACCUUGACGGUGCACGUCCAGAGCACGUCACAUGUCGAAGGCGUCCCUCUUCCCCGCUAUUCUGCCAAACAGCUCUGGGACGGUAUUCAAACCUCCACCAGUUUCUGGACCUGGGAUCGCGAGGGAGAGCACUCAUUUGGAUUGCUCACGUUGCAUCUGGACAAGCAGCGUGAAGAUAGUCGGUGGAUGCAUAUAUUUGCAUCUGCGGGUACUCCGGGUGGAGAGGAGGAAGUUCCAGAAACCCUCGACCCUUCAGAGCUCUACCUCAUCCGAGAGUCGUUGGAGAAGUAUACAGCUGCACUCCAAAGUGGAGAGGAUAUGAGCGGGCUUGGAUUGGGCCGAGGGGUGCCAACACUUGCUCAGGGAGAGGUCGAUGAGGAAGUUGACUCUUCAGUCGGACGAGUGGCCUUCUUGACGUGGGUGGGUGAGGAUGGAGGGAUCCCUGUGUGGUCAUCUGGCUUUGGUGAUUCUGUAUGCAACGUUCUGUCGAUCGAUCUUCCUGGUUCAGGUCCAGGAGCGUCUAUGGUUGUGAAGAAUGGAAUCGAUGGCACCCUGUUCACGCUGGAUGAGGCACAGACGGUGGGUUCUCUGCCCACUUGGACGCACAGUGCAACUUUCUCGGCGCUCGCCUUCGUGCUCGCCUCCAAGCGUGACACACGCUUCACAUAUCAUGUCUCAUCAAAAGCAGUUUUGGCGUUCGAGAACGGCAGUAGGGAUCGAGGAGGGAACGUAUACAUUUACCGUGGUGGGCUUCCGGGUCAAAUUUGGGCCAAACAAAGUGUAUUGAAAGUUGGUGAUGGAGGCGCUGGUUCUCUGUUAGGUGUCGGUACGUUCAAAACGGUGCAGGGGCACACUAUCGUCUGUCUAUGCGAGAACGAGCUAGUAGUGAUGGACAACAUCUUUUGA